GUGUCGCAUUGAUUGUGUUCCGGAGUUUGUGAAGUUUUCUCUGAGCCACGGCCCGCGCGGAUUCACUUCCGCUUUGGUUAUUUUAACUUUAACUAAAGUAUAAGUUUAUUUCCGUUUGUUUGUUUUCACUGCGUUCGCAGCGGCACAGAGAAUGAGCGCCCCUCCCCGCAGAGUUAGGCUCCGCCCCUGGCUCCUGGCCCAGGUGAGCAGCGGCCGUUUCUCCGGACUGCAGUGGCUGGACCCUGAACUGCGCCUCUUCAGGGUCCCCUGGAAACAUGCAACACGACACAGCCCCCCAGAGCAGGAGGACACCAUCUUCAAGGCCUGGGCUCUGGAGACAGGGAAGUACCAGGAGGGUCUGGAUGAGCCGGACCCAGCGAAGUGGAAGGCGAACCUGCGCUGCGCUCUGAACAAGAGCCGAGAGUUCCAGCUGAAGUACGACGGGACCAAAGAGACGCCUGUCCAACCGUACAAGAUCUACGAGGUGUGUGAGCACAGCGCAGGAGCAGAUUUUGUUGAUGAGGACGAGGAGGAGAUGCCCAACAUGAUGGAGCUCAGCCUCAACCCCCGGAUCAGCGACCCCCCCUUGUUUGGACCGGUGGUCCCCAUGAGUUCGGACCUCCAGGACCGGGGGGGGCUCUGUAGCGGCCUGCAGGACCUGAACCCCCCCCCUGCCCCCAUGAUGGAGGCCAGCAGCAUGGGCCAGAACCACCAAACCUGCAAAUACGACCUGCUGAGCAGCGUCCCAUUGACAGACCUGGAUCUGAAGGUCCAGUACCGGGGCCGGACGGCGGCCUCCUUGCUGGUCUCCAACCCUCAGGGCUGUCGGCUGUACGCGGGUCACCUGGAGCCCAGCCCCGACCAGGUGGAGCUGUUCGGGCCCGUCACCCUGCAGCAGGUCCAGUUCCCUGGGACCUCCGAGAUCCAGAACCAGAAGCAGAAGUUCUACACCGACGCCCUCCUGGACGUCAUGGACCGAGGCCUGAUCCUGGAGCUCUGGGAGCAGGACCUCUACGCAGUCCGGCUCUGCCAGUGCAAGGUGUUCUGGUCCGUGCCCGGGACCUCCGAACCCGGACCCCCCAACCCUCUGGAGCGCGAGAAGAAGGUCCGGGUCUUCAGCCUCAAUGACUUCUUGCAAGGCCUGAUCCUGUUCCAGAGGGGCGAGACUCCGAACCCGCCCCCCUUUGAGGUUUACUUCUGCUUCGGUGAGGACUGGCCCGACAAGAAACCCAAAGAGAAGAAACUGAUCAUCGUCCAGGUGGUCCCCGUGGUGGCCCGGAUCCUCACGGAGAUGUUCUCUGGGGAACUCAGCUGGUCUACAGACAGCAUCCGGCUCCAGAUCUCCAACCCAGACGUGAAGGACCGGACUGUGGAGCAGUUCAAGGAACUGCAGAGGCUCCUGCAGAGCCAGCACAUCCAGGGGCCCUGGACCCCCAACGUGCCCUAGACCUGGACCCCUGCCCUCUCCUGAACCCUUCUCUUGAACCAGGACCCCUGACGUCUCCUGAACCUCAACCCCUGCCCUCUCCUGAACCCUUCUCCUGAACCAGGACCCUUGACCUCUCCUGAACCAGGACCCCUGCCCUCUCCUGAACCAGGACCCCUGCCCUCUCCUGAACCCUCUCCUGAACCAGGACCCCUGCCCUCUCCUGAACCCUCUCCUGAACCAGGACCCCUGCCCUCUCCUGAACCCUCUCCUGAACCAGGACCCCUGCCCCUCUCCUGAACCCUCUCCUGAACCAGGACCCCUGCCCUCUGAUGAACCACACUGUAAAAGAUACAGAGUUAAAUCUGAUGUACCACACUGUAAAAGAUAGAGUUAAAUCUGAUGAACCACACUGUAAAAGAUACAGAGUUAAAUCUGAUGUACCACACUGUAAAAGAUAGAGUUAAAUCUGAUGUACCACACUGUAAAAGAUAGAGUUAAAUCUGAUGUACCACACUGUAAAAGAUACAGAGUUAAAUCUGAUGAACCACACUGUAAAAGAUAGAGAGUUAAAUCUGACGUACCACACUGUAAAAGAUAAAGAGUUACAUCUGACGUACCACACUGUAAAAGAUACAGAGUUAAAUCUGAUGAACCACACUGUAAAAGAUACAUAGUUAAAUCUGAUGUACCACACUGUAAAAGAUAGAGAGUUAAAUCUGAUGUACCACACUGUAAAAACACACAGAUAACAGCAAGAUAUGGUAUCUCUGAGUUGGACCUUGAAGGCAGCAUCUCCCUGGUUCUGAGUUGGUCCCUGAAGGCAGCAUCUCCCUGGUUCUGAGUUGGUCCCUGAAGGCAGCGUCUCCCUGGUUCCGUGUUGGUCCCUGAAGGCAGCAUCUCCCUGGUUCCGUGUUGGUCCCUGAAGGCAGCAUCUCCCUGGUCCUGUGUUGGUCCCUGAAGGCAGCAUCUGCCUCCCAAGAACAGCUCGCCUCUCUGCCUUAUUUUACAUAGUGGGUUAUAGAACCGGAAGUUUGUUGCUUGGGAGACAACAGAGAGUCACCCCCGUGUCCCCGACUGCGGUCUGGGAGCCGACAGGAAAGUUCAACAAUAGUAUAAGCAUGUUUAUAAUAUAUUAUAUAUUUUAAGCAUGUAUUAUCCGAGGGGAAAAAGUGUCUUCCAAUUUCCUUUUUUUUGUGAUUUCCUACCUAUUUAGGGUUAAAAAAACAUCUUGCAAUUUAGACCUUUUUUAUUUUAUUUUUAAAUGUUACAGUAUUUCCACUGUAGAGGACGUCGGGACCAUCUCAGUUUGAAAAGACAGCCAAACUAACAGACUAUGUAACGUAUUGUGGUUAUAGAGUGAUAUUAAUACAAGAAUACAUUCACCUUUAUUUAAAACAUAAUUAAGUAAUUGAUCUGAACAUUGCUGUUUAUUUGGUCAAUAAAAAACUAGUUUGGUUUUUGGUGAAUCUU